GUUGUGUCCCGGUCAGAGAUCGGCACCGGCUGUAUAAAUAACAAUAAUGGUGUGUCUGGUCAGAACGGUGCCCAUUUGAAGAAGAAUCACCUAAGAAUGGCGUCCCGAGGGGGCCCGAUGGUUGCCGGCACCGAUGGCUCCGACUUUGCCCAUCGCCAGCGUGUCGCCGCGCAUUACCAAGUCAGCUCAGUCAACAAGAACCGGCUCAAGUACUGCAUCUUUUUCCACUACGUGCUCUUCUUCAUCAUGUUGGCCAAGUUGUCAGCAGACAUCCUUGACCGCUUGGACAUCUUCAUUCUGGAGAUAGAGGAACUGCACGUUCCGAAGCCACUGUGGUGGGAGUACAUAUGGUGCGUGUCCCUGGCGCUGUCCUUCUGGGGUCUGGCAGCCUCGCGGAGGAACCAGGUGUCCACCAUGCAGCGUUAUGUGAUUGGAAUUGGGGUCUUCGGAAUCUUGCCCCUUCUCUACGCAGCGGGUUAUUACUUCUCCGAAGCAUGGGCUUAUAUCUCAACUGGAGAUAAGGAUAAGCUGUUUGUGUGGCAGGGCUAUCCUUAUGCCAUUUUGUGGUAUGCCUUCAUUAUCCCAGCCAUUCAAGUGCACCUGUUCUCUCUCCUCUUUGCCUACAAACUGAUAUCUGCUUGGAAAUCGCGAGGAUCCAAAAAGGAAAAUUGACGUGGAAAAGGCGGAAUACCUAGGAUCAGCUUACCCAUGACCAUUAAAUUUACCAUCAUGUCCACAAGCAUUGAACCUUCACGUUAUUGCAGCCGGCACUGCUAGCUGCGCCACCCUCUAAUUUAUGUGUUCAACCUGAUCCUGCUGAAGGAUCUAUGAGAAAGCACAAGUUUGCUGAGAAAUUCAAUCUCAGCAAGGUUAUUCUUGUAAAUUAAUAUUGUGAAAUUGGCUGACCAGUUUGCAACACACCUCACUAAAUGAAAAGUUGUUAUAAUAAAAAUUUUAUUCAUGAUCA